AUGCCUGCUUUCAGUGAUGGUUGGACACAAGAGCUUCUUGAAUCUUCUCAACCUACAGUAGCUCAGAAGGCAGGAGAGAAAGAUGAUUGGGCAUAUUUUUAUGUUGGAAUAUUUGUGGACCGGGACAUGUUCAUGCGGUAUUUUCCUGGAGGUGGCGUUGGACAUGUGGCCAACUGGAGAUUCUUCCAGCAAAGUGAUAAUGAGGACAGCAAUGGCAGUGAUAGUAGUGGGGAGGAUGAAUCUAACAACUCGGAGGCACACAGCUUGGAUAGUAAUCAUUCAGAUGACGGCUUUGGAUCAGAUGGAGAUGGAGAGGAUGAAAAUGACAAUGAUGACAGUGGCGAUGCGGGGAUGACUGGCAGUGGGAUGAUGGGUACGGCUCCCCAUAACUUAGCUCACUUGUAG